AUGUUCGCUGGCUUGAAGCAUUGUCAAAGGACUUUUAGAGUCGGCAUCAACGCCACUCGUCAGUUUUCCAUGUUGAACAAGCCACUUGUGACUUCGAGUCUUGCUUCUCCUGCCAAUCAAGCAUCUAGAAUAUCUCCAGUUGCCCAGCUGCUACCACAAACCUCGGUUCUUUCAUUCCUCCUGAAUCUUGUACAAAAGAGAUUCAAGUCCAGAGGUAACACAUACCAGCCAUCGACGCUCAAAAGAAAGAGAACUUUUGGUUUCUUGGCCCGUUUAAGAACGAAGAACGGCAGGAAGGUCUUGCAAAGAAGAAGAGCCAAGGGCAGAUGGUACUUGACCCAUUAG